CUUCUCGAGAGCCAAAAAAAAAAAAAAUCCUCAAUAACAGCCGAGUAACCGACUCCGGAGAAUCACAAGAACUAAUCUAAAGAAAGAAUUUUUGUUUUUCCUUUCAGUUUCCUCCCUGUUUUCUCGAAUCAGUUGAAUCGAUUUGUGUCAAUCUGUCGUUGGAUAGGGAUAUUGGGUGUUUACAAGAUUUGCAUCAGAAUAUGAGCUUUCCUGCACAAAACAACAACAACAAUAGAAGGAAUAAUAACAAUAAUCGGAUUACUAGAAAUAAUAAUCCUGAUCAAAGUGCUGCUCGGUGGGUAGCUCGGGGAUCCACUGCCACCAACACUGUUUCAGCUGCCCCUGCCCCUCUCACCACGGUUACAACCACACUUGUGACUCCUGGGUUCGGUGUAAAUGGUUCAAGUUCAACUGGUAAUGGAAGGGAUCAUGUGCCGGUUAAUCGAAACCAAAAUCAGACCUAUGUGGAACCCAAAUACAAUAGGGUGAAUCAAAGGAGAGAGACUGUAAAUGGUUCAAGUUCAGCUGGUAAUGGAGGAGGCCAGGAUAAUGAGUCACCAGUUCAUCGGAAUCACAAAUAUGCGGAACCUAAACACAAUAGGGCGACGUAUACGAGUCAAAGGAGAGAAAGCGUAAAUGGUUCAAGUUCAGCUGUUAAUGGAAGAGAAGACAAGGAUAACGUGUCAGUUGCACCAGCUAAUCGGAAUCAGACGUAUGCGGAACCCAAAUACAAUAGGGUGACGUAUAAGAAUCAAAGGAGAGAGGGUGUAAAUGGUUCAAGUUCAGCUGGUAAUGGAAGAGAAGACAAGGAUAACGUGUCAGUUGCACCAGUUAAUCGGAAUCACACCUAUGCGGAACCCAAAUACAAUAGGGCGACAUAUCCUAAUCAAAGGAGAGAGAGGGGAAGGGGCAGGGAGAACCAUAAUCAGAGACAUGGUUAUCAGGAGAAUAGGGUGGAGAGGCCGGUUAAUGGGAGGAUUAAUCAAGGAGAACACAAACAGUUGAAGGACCCUAAUUUGCCUCAACUUGUGCAAGAAAUUCAGGAGAAGCUGUCGAAGGGGAACAUUGAGUGCAUGAUAUGCUAUGAUAUGGUGGGGAGGUCUGCACCCGUUUGGUCAUGUUCGAGCUGUUACUCGAUUUUCCAUCUUAAUUGUAUCAAGAAAUGGGCAGGAGCUCCCACUUCUGUUGAUACAUCCGCGGAGAAGAAUCAAGGGUUUAAUUGGCGUUGUCCAGGCUGUCAAUCCGUCCAGCUCACUUCAUCCAGGGACAUCCGGUAUCUUUGCUUUUGUGGGAAGAGGCAAGAACCCCCUUCAGAUUUGUACUUGACCCCACAUUCAUGUGGAGAGCCUUGUGGCAAAAAACUUGAGAAGGAGCUUCCAGGGCAUGAUGGUCUGAGUGAAGAGGAUCUUUGCCCUCAUGUUUGUGUCCUACAAUGCCAUCCUGGUCCUUGUCCACCUUGUAAGGCAUUUGCUCCGGCUAGAAGUUGCCCCUGCGGGAAGGAAGUAAUUACCACUCGCUGCUCUGAUCGCAAGUCCCUUCUUACCUGUGGACAGCAGUGUGGUAAGCUUCUUGACUGUGGGCGUCAUCGGUGUGAACAAACUUGCCAUGUUGGUCCUUGUGGCCACUGUCAAAUUGUUGUGAAUGCCUAUUGCUUUUGUAAGAAGAAAACAGAGGCUGUUCUUUGUGGAGACAUGGGUGUGAAAGGAGAUAUCAAGAUGGAGGACGGCGUCUUUUCGUGCAAUUCAGCUUGUGGAAAGAAGCUUAGUUGCGGAAACCACGUCUGUCAUGAGCUCUGCCAUCCAGGGCCAUGUGGAGACUGUGCCUUGUUGCCAAGCAAGGUCAGGACGUGCUAUUGCGGUAAAACAAGCUUGGAAGUAGAAAGACACAGUUGUUUAGAUCCAAUUCCAACCUGUUCCAAGGUCUGUGGUAAAAGCCUCCGGUGUGGGGUCCAUCGCUGUGAAGCGGUGUGUCAUUCUGGUGAUUGUACACCAUGUCUUGUUCCUGUCACUCAACGAUGCCGCUGUGGUUCAACUUCUCGAACAGUGGAAUGUUACAGAACUCAGUCAGAAGAUGAGAAGUUCACUUGUGAUAGACCUUGUGGGCAAAAGAAGAACUGUGGAAGACAUCGUUGCAGUGAGCGAUGUUGCCCACUUUCUAAUCCAAAAAAAUCCGUCUCUGGUGAUUGGAAUCCUCAUUUUUGUUCAAUGCCAUGUGAGAAGAAGCUUAGAUGUGGGCAGCAUUCUUGCGAGUCACUUUGUCACAGUGGUCACUGCCCUCCCUGUCUUGAGACAAUAUUCACCGAUUUGAGUUGUGCUUGUGGGAGAACGUCGAUCCCUCCUCCGCUGCCUUGUGGCACACCUACUCCUUCGUGUCAGUUACCAUGCUCGGUUCCUCAGCCUUGUGGCCAUCCAGCUACUCACAGCUGCCAUUUUGGAGACUGCUUGCCAUGUGCUGUUCCUGUAGCAAAGGAAUGCGUUGGUGGGCAUGUAAUUUUGAGAAAUAUACCUUGCGGAUCGAAGGACAUCAGAUGUAACAAGCUUUGUGGGAAGACCAGGCAAUGUGGCUUGCAUGCAUGUGCUAGAACUUGUCAUCCUUCGCCGUGUGAUGUUUCUGCGGGACCCAGCAAUGGCUCCAGGGCCUCUUGUGGGCAGACGUGUGGUGCUCCUAGAAGAGAUUGCAGGCACACAUGUACUGCUCUUUGUCACCCCUCUUCGUCAUGUCCAGAUGUUAGAUGUGAGUUUCCUGUUACUAUUACUUGUUCUUGUGGCCGGAUCGCAGCAAAUGUUCCUUGUGAUGCUGGAGGUCAGAGCAUUGACUCUCUUUUCGAAGCUUCUAUAAUCCAAAAGUUGCCUUCACCUCUUCAACCCAUUGAAACAAAUGGGAAGAAGGUUCCUCUUGGUCAGAGGAAGCUCAUUUGUGAUGGUGAGUGUGCAAAGAUGGAGAAGAAAAAGGUUCUUUCUGAUGCUUUUGGUAUAAGUCCCCCAAAUUUGGAGGCCCUCCAUUUUGGUGAGAAUGCAGCUGUCUCGGAAGUGCUGGGGGAUCUUCUUAGGCGUGACCCCAAGUGGGUUUUGUCUAUAGAGGAAAGGUGCAAGUUUUUGGUUCUAGGCAGGAGCAGAGGCGGGGUUAGCGCGCUCAACGUUCAUGUUUUUUGCCCAAUGUUGAAAGAAAAGCGGGAUGCAAUUAGACUGAUAGCUGCAAGGUGGAAGCUUUCAGUAAAUGCAGCUGGUUGGGAACCCAAGAGAUUCAUCGUUAUACAUGUUACACCCAAGUCAAAAGCUCCAACGCGUAUUCUUGGUGCCAAAGGUUGUACCGUCAAUAACAUUGCUCAGCCUGCUGCUUUUGAUUCUCUGGUGGAUAUGGAUCCAAGGCUUGUUGUGGCUUUGUUUGACUUGCCAAGAGAUGCAGACAUUAGUGCUUUAGUUCUCAGGUUUGGUGGUGAAUGUGAGCUUGUCUGGUUGAAUGACAAGAAUGCUUUGGCCGUGUUCAGUGAUCCUGCCCGAGCAGCAACAGCUAUGAGAAGGCUAGACCAGGGGUCGGCUUAUUGUGGUGCUGCUCUAGUUCCUCAUAGCGGUGUUGCAUCAGCAGUGACAUCAUCCACUGCUAAUGCUUGGGGAGUUUCCGGAGGAGCCAAGGAUCUUAAGGGUAAUCCAUGGAAGAAGGCUGUAGUCCAGGAGCCUCAUUUGAGGGAGAGUCCAUGGGAUGCCGAAGAAUGGUCCAAGAAUCCCACUGAUUCAGCAACUCCUUCGGCCUGGAGGGCGAAUGAAGCUCCACCUACUGCCUCUUCGAAUAGGUGGAGUGUCUUAGAGCCUGAAGUUACUUCCAGUUUGCCCAGGGCGUCUAUCACGAUCAAGGAACCUGUUACUGAGCCAGAAGUGGGGGGUUCAGUUUUGCUCCCCAAACCUGGAGUCGACGAUAUGGAAGAUGUAGUGGACGAUUGGGACAAGGCUUACGAUUGAGGGCGUGGAAAUGCAUAUGUUUUUGUUGUCUAAUAUUUCUUCUAUUUUUCUUGAAGUGCUCAGACAGGAGUUGAUUUAUUGAUGUUUAGUAGCUCCUGUUUUAAAGGGAGAGUGCUGUUUUCUUUUUGGUUAAAAAACACAACUCCUUUAGCCUUGGUGCCAGUUUCCUCUUGUUUCCUCGAUGAAGGAAAAGAAUGGAGGGAAAUUUUUUUGGUUGCAUGGUUCAGAAUGGGCAGUUGUUAUAGGCUCUUGUUGGUGUAAUGUACCAAUUGGUCAGUUCUAAGAUGCUGCUUGUACAAGUAUAUUGUUGUUGCCUUUGAAGCUCUUGAUAGUUGGUAGUAAUAAUAACUAAUGGGUGGUUACUAGUAAAACCCAGACUUAUUGAUCUUCCCUUAAUAUGACUUGGGUGUUGAUAUGA